CGGAUGCCAAAGCCAAUGAUCGGAGGCAGAGUGGAAGAGGAAAAUACCACGUAGUCGGUACUUCAAGUAUUGUAUUCAUUCGUAAAAUACGCUAUUCUCGAGUAUACCCGCGUUGAGUGAACAACGUUGGCGGAAUCAACGGAUUAAGCUAACCUUAGAUUAAUCGUCGGUUUUGCUCAUUACACAUACACAUACUAACAAGUACACUCACUGCAUAGUUUGGUAUGUGGUUCGUAUAAACUGCCAAUUUCGUGACAUUCCAUUGUGAGUAAAUCCACUGAGUUGUAAAUUUUCGUACAUUCAAUUGAAAUGAAAGUGGAGUUUUGAAUUUAAAAACCAAUUUACAUACUUUUACCGAACGUGCUAUUACCAACUAAAAAACCUUUGAACGAUUGUGCAGAAUCGACAUUUUGUAAAUGCUGAAAACGGCGAAUGUAUACGUAUUCCACUAUUCCAGAUGCAUAUACUAUGUAUGUAUGUAUGUAUAUACACAUCCAUAUAAAUGUGAACAUGUAUGUAUAUUAGGGAGCGGUUUCUGGACUUUUGUCCAUAAUAAUAUUUGCGAAAAGAGGAAAUUCUUGAACGACGCCAUAUUUAUUUUGCCACAACAAUAAGAAACAAGACAUCACACCUUACCAUACAACCGCAACCUGUAUACAUAUGUACUUAAAUAUAGUAUCUCAAUUAUAAAAAUUUGGGGGCAAGUUGCUUUGAAACCGAUCACGAAGGUUUUAUAGUCAAUAAACUGCAAUAGUUAAAAUACCUGAGCUUUGAACAAAUGAACGAAUACAUCAGCGAACAUUUUAACUAAGGUCUUCAACUGUCAAACACAAAAAUUAAGAACAACAAGUGAUAAUACUCAAAUGUAUACAUAUGUAUGUGCAUGUAUACAAUUUGAAAAGUGCAAAACUAAGUUUCGAAAUCCACACGGAAAUGCUAGAGUCGAGUGUCCGAAGUGCUAUGAGUUGGCCAAGUUCUUACGUAUGAGUGCGAAAAUUAACAGUUUCACAAGACAAAAGUGAAUAUGUGUGCACUCAGCCACGUGUAUGUGCUUUUGUGUUUGUGUGUGUCAAUCUGAAUAAUAAUCAAGAAAGAAUCUCAUGAAUGCUCGUCGCAGGGGUGGGGAGUUUUGGAGAAGUCCUAUAUAAUUGUGCUUAUAGAAAAAAGAAACAAAGUAAUGAAAAAUGUAAAAAAGUAAAAAAACGAAUAGAGGUAAAAGAUGAAAUGAAAUAGCUGACUUCAAGAACCACUUAGAAACACGUCAAAACCAGAAAAUCAACUUUGCUAACGUUAUAACUUGACAAACUUAAGUAUACUGAAUUCACCUUGUCUACACAUGUUUCCGCGAUUGUGUUUGUGUGUAUAAAUUUUGCUGACACUAAUCUGUCUACCUUACAUGCGUUAGCAUAAGAGCUUUCUUUGUACCAGCGUAUCGGUAGGUUUAGUCAAGUGUCACCAAAACUGAGUUUGAAAGUGGAUUUUACGAUUUUACAAGAGAAUAGGUAACAGAGCCAACAUACUAUUGUUAUUUAGAGUUAAUUAUUGAGCACGUAAAAAUGGGUGAUUCUACGCCAAUUUGUCGCUGCCGAGUGCUGUAUUUGGGUAGUGCAGUACCACGUCAGAGUAAAGAUGGCUUGCAAGGGAUCCAAGAGCCGUUGAGAAGCCUCUAUCCCUCAGAGGGUGCUGUCGGCGCCAAAGGCAUUGAUUCGUGGUUAAGCGUUUGGUCGAAUGGAAUUUUACUCGAGAACGUCGAUGAAAAUUUGAAACAAAUCACACGAUUCUUCCCCAUUGAGUCGUUGCAUUAUUGUGCAGCUGUGCGUCAAGUUUUGAUACCGGAACGUGGAAACUCCAAGCCAGAGCCAAAAUUUCUGCCACUAGACUCACCAUUCGCACGAAUGCCCCGCGCUCAACAUCCGCCGAUAUUCGCUGCAAUACUUCGACGAACCACUGGUAUUAAAGUGCUCGAGUGUCACGUGUUCAUUUGUAAACGUGAAGCUGCCGCAAAUGCUCUAGUCAGAUGUUGUUUUCACGCAUAUGCGGAUAAUUCCUAUGCUCGACAAUUGGAGACUGGUAGUUCUGGUGGUGGCGCUGGCGCCAGUGUUUACGGCACAUUAAAGAGUGCGGUUGGUAGUAAAUCGAAUGGAGAUUUAACCGGUGUUGGACUUCCGAUUAGCAAUCAUCACAAUCAUCAACAUCAUAUGGGCGUGUCAACGAGCCAAGCUGGAUGGCGCUCUCGCUCCGGCAGUACAACUACCUUGAACAGUGUUGGGCGGCAAUCCAAUGGUCAUGCUUUUAACGGAACGAGUGGUAUCAGCCUGAAUGGUGGCGGGAGCAAUGGUAGUGCUGCAGAAGGAUAUACAUCCGUAAAAAAUUUUUAUGGAAGCAGUGCUGAUUUAAACGUGACUGUUGAUGAUGGCGAGAAUUCGAUAUAUAAUGGAGAUGAGAAUCACAAAGUCUGGAACGGUUCUCAAGAUCAACUGGACGCCAUUGCAAUGGAGAGUCCAUAUGAAGUCUUCUCGGGCAACACUUCUACUUUGGGACGUACUGUGAGAGCUCGUCAAAUUAGCACACCUAUUGAUGUACCGCCGCCACCCGUAAGAGAGGAGGUUAACAAAAAACGUAAGGAAAAAAAAAAUUCCAAAACACCUGGCACUCAAAGUCUUUCGGGAACACUUAUACGACCAAAGCCGAUUCAUCCUAGCACCUUACAGAAAGCUGGAGUUUACGGAGGCGCUUCAGGAAGUGUAAUUUAUGGUCCACUCGUUGGGCCAGGAGGUUUUCCACCACCACAUGGCUCACGAAAUUAUCACACAAUCAGUCAUCGAGGUUUUCAUGGUGGCCCAUCGGGGUCACAACCGCAUUUUCAUCACCCUAGCAUGCCAUCACAACCUCCACCACAAAUGAUGCAUCCACAGCAAAUGGGUAUCCCAAUGCAAAUGCCUGUUAUGAUGUCACAACAAUAUGCCACACUUCAAUCCUCACGAUCUACAAAGAAAAAUAAGAAAGAUAAAAAGAAUAGUGGCAUACCAGUUGGACUGCCCAUGGUACCACCGAUUUAUGCGUAUCAUCAAGGUAUGGGCCCUCCACCACCACCUCCACCAGCUAUUGCGCAAUCAUUGAUCGGUGAGCCACGACCACUAGCGAUGUCCAAUCGAAAGCUAGCAGUAUCUAUGGGAAAUGGGCUAGAUGAUGGAAUAAACUCUGGUGCAGAAUCGCCUGGUGGUACUGGCAUUUAUAGGAGAAAAGGUCACUUAAAUGAAAGAGCAUUUAGUUAUUCUAUAAGACAGGAACAUCGAAGCCGUAGUCAUGGUUCGUUGGCUAGCCUACAAUUUAAUCCACCUGACAUGAAGAAGGAACGAGAAAUUGCACAAAUGGUUGCCGGGCUCGACUUAAAUGAUGGACCCGAAAGGGAAAUGUCGUCCAUGACACUGCAGCGGAAACAUAUGAUUGCAACAAAUGACGUAGGACCCGGCAUCCAAACACAACAAUCGAUUUAUGGGAAUGGGGGUACAAAUGCCUUGUAUGGCAACAGCAUGGGUCCAGCGGGUAACUUUGGCAAACCCCGAAGAUAAGUCAGCAUGAUUGACUACUCGGCGACUAUGGCGUAGGCAAUGAAUAUAUUUAUUAUGGUUAAAUAAGGCAUAUAAACAUGUAAUUAUAUAAACAUAUACAUCUAUACUCAAGUACUUAUAGAUAUGUCUGUAACAUAUAAGACAUAAUAUUUGUAGGCACCCUAGGGUCAGAAAUAUUAUAUAAAAAUGUAUGGGAAAUAUAUUAUAUAUUAUCAAUGAGGAGUUUAAUCAAUCGAUGUACCUCGAUGAACAAAUCCAUAAAUUAAAUUAACGGAUAGAGAUUUAGAGUUGUUGUCAAAGCUGACAAGUACAUAUGUAUCUACCAAUGCUGACAAAUAAUUAUAUAAUAUUAUAUAAAUGCGUAUAUACUCGUACAUACAUUCAGACAACAGUAUACAAUCGAAAUAAUAAAAAGGUAAAACCAAAGAAGUACUGGGAAGAGAACUAAAGAAUUCUUUUCCACUUGUCUGAAGAAAACCACAUAAUUCGCAGUUAUUAGAGAUAAAAAUUAAAAAGAAGGAACUUAAACAAGUAUGUAUGUUAAUUCUUCAAGUAAUAAAAUCACACACCACGCCCAAACUUCAGAAACAUCCAUUUCAACAAUUCAGUAAUCAUCGAAGCAUUGUGUAUGACUGACUAUGUA